GCUGCUGCUGGCUGGCUGAUGCCCGACGACGUGAGAAAGUCUCAUUACACAUCGGGACGUUCGGUAGCGAGGCGGGAUUUCCAUUUUCCGCUCCUUGCUGCACUUCGUCAUUUUUUACAAAUAUUACGAGAAAAACUCUCUGUAUUUGAUAUUUGGUCGUUGUUACUGUUCGUCGAAUGUCAAUUACCCAACGUACUUAACACAGAGAAAGACCAAACCGAAAGGACCAAGAACUUUUGAACACAAUUCAACCCGUAUAUGUACAUGUACACGACUUACACUGUACGUUGCGCUGAUUGUUGUUCGAACGACAAUUUUUGAAAAAUAAACAGAAAAGAAUUACCAGAGAAGAGUGAGGCGAAAUAUAUAAAGUAACAUGGAAAUCGUACCGACUCCUCUUUCGCCCCCAGCGUCACCAAGGCUCAGGCCAACGCACGUAGAACCGAUGCAAUUGUCCUUCAGCGUAGCUGCGCUCCUCGGUGAUAAACUAUCCGCAAAAGGGUGUUGCAACAGCGGUAACAACGCCGUCAAGAGCAACAGCAACAACAACAACAACAACAACAAUGGAAACGGCAUUAUAAAAGCAAACUUGAACUACAGGACAGCUUCGACGCAUCCUGACCUACCGCCAACACCGCAGCCAUCCGAUGGUGAGGAUGAUGAACCACCGAACAAACGACGAUGUGUCGAAAAAUGCGAGCUUGCCAAGUUACUUUUGGAAGGAGAAACACCGCCACCGAGUCCGGAGCCGCCUCGAGCCUCGGUGAUAAUGCGAGCGAACCGUGACGGCACAUGCACCCCGGCGACUCUGUCGGAUCUAAUCUGCAGACCCGGAAGUUCAGCCGGAGCUCGGGAAGAGCGUCCGGCCGCAGCGGUGCCGCCGCGUCGGCCGUCGCCUGAUCCGCAGACGGAGAACGUGCUGAAGAGCCUAAAGUUCAAAAUGGGAACUCGAAAAGAGGAGAUAUUCGUGAACAGCAAGAACACGGACCGUGACACCAGCGCCACUCAACCGAAGCUUCAACUCUUGGCGCCAAAACCCGCCCCCGUCGCAAUGGUUACAGGAAUCGUCGGCUCCCCGCUGGUUCUUCCCCGAGCUCCGCUCUUCCUGGUUACAGCUUCGGCUGCUGCACCGUCGGUGGCGCCACCGUCGACGACUCCGUCAGUAACCGCAUCGGCCGCUCGACGCCGCGUUUGGGAGUGCGAGUACCCGGGAUGCGGCAAGAACUACUUCAAGUCAUCCCACCUGAAGGCCCAUACCCGGACGCACACCGGCGAACGGCCCUUUCCUUGCCCACACGAGGACUGCGGACGGCGGUUUUCCAGGAGCGACGAACUGUCCAGACACAAACGGACGCACACCGGCGAGAAAAAGUUCGUCUGUCCUGUUUGCCAGCGCCGGUUCAUGCGCAGCGAUCACCUCGCGAAGCACGUCAAACGGCACUCUCGAGACCGAGUUCAACCCCAGCCACAGCCUCUCAGGCUCAGCCUGCUGCCCGUUAUUGCGCCCCGAGUUCAAAAUCAACAGAAUCCACUGCCUCCUAGAUUGGCAGCGUGAUCAACGCUCGCUUGAUCAUGAUUCAACGUGUGACUGUGAUUUUUACGUAUAGUAUAAUAAUACGAUAUUUUUAACAGAUGUAAAAAAGAGAGAGUGUGAAUGUAUGUCUGCGUGUGAUAACGUGGAUGUUUGAAAGAAUGAGAAAGGGAGAGUAUUUAUUUUUCAUUAAUAUCGGUCGCCGUAUGUGUGUUUUUCUCUAUAAUGCGUAUAAUUGAUUUUGUAAAAAUGGAACAGAGUUUUGUUAUGUCGUAAAAUAUUGGUUAUUUUAUUUUUUUUUUUUUUUUUUUUUUUGCAUGCUGGGUACUCGGGGCGCUUUAUAUUGUAAAGUAUGUACAUAAUUAUUAUAGAUUAUAUGAUACAUAUUGUGUGUGCAUGAUAGAAAAGAAAAGAACCACACGUUGUAUAUUACGAGCUUACCGAAUUAAGCUUCUGUCAACACAAGACUUAUUACGGAUAAUGAAAAAAAACAAAAUACAAAAAAAAAAAUUUGUACAUGAAAACUAUAAUAUAUUAUACAAAUCUAUAUCUACGUGCAAUAAGACUAAUUAAAUAAGACUUGCAUACUUUCGUACAUCAUUAUUAUUAUCAUAAAGAUAUCUAUAUAUCUAUAUGAUAUAUCAAAUAAAUACCUAAAGAUAUUUA